UCUAAAUAUUUUUGCAAUUAUUAGAUAAAUCUAUAGCUACAUUUUAACUGCUUAAAUAUAUUUAAAUUAUUUUAAUGACUGUGAGUUUGCUGACAAGCAAAUAUAUAAUACCCUUUUUUGUCAAGAUACUACUCUGGUUGCAAUGUUUUGUACUUUAUACAGCAUUAAAGUUGUGAAUGCUGGAGGGUCUCUAAUAAUUUGAGUUUAUUUAUUUUGGUACCAUAUGUGCUAAACAGUGGUAUUCUUGGCCAUGUAUCUUUUAGCUCUUUCUCUUGUUUCAUUAAUGCAGUUAUUUCUUCCAUCCUCAAUACUUAGCCCGAAUUUUCAUGUGUUUUAAUGUACAAAUGCUACAAUGCACAGAGAUUUUUUUUUUUUUUUCCCUGAGUUGCAACAGAUUAUCCAUUGAAAGGGUCUUUUGCUUAACUGCCCAGAGUCUUGUGGGGCCAGCCAGACACUACUCCAGAUGGCAAGUUGUUAGGGCUGGACAGAAUGGCUUUGGAAGACUUCUCACCAGAUGAAGGCUUUAAUGUUGGGAUUUUACUGUUUGGCUUUUUUUCCCCCUGUAGUUCCCAGGGUGGGAAGGUGCUGGGAUGGCAGCAGCGUGCCGCCCGCCCACCUGCUGCCACCUGUUCAGCUUGUGCAGUUUCUAUAAAGCCUCGUCUUGUCCGCUCGACACAAUCGCUGCUGGCCGGCCGCAGCCAAGGAAAAAAAGAUCUCUCUUAGGAAGUGAUGGCUUCAGAUCCAACCCUUCACCAUCACAAAAUACUCUCCUGAACUGAACCACAACUUCUCUCAUUUGCAGCAGCCACUUGGAGUUGUCGUGCUUUUAAUCCAGUAAGAUCCUUGUUGGAUUAAAUGGACCGUUUUCUUCAGUAACAUACAUUUUGAGAAUGGAGAUUUCAUUGUUUUCUCUCUUUGAGAUUAAAGAAAUUACAAGAAUGAAAGCAUAAGAAAUACAAAAUGCUUCAUUCUUUCCUUCAGCCAUAAGAAACAAUUUUCAGUCAUUUCCAGAAGAAUCAGAGGAACUUUUAUUUUACUAUUUUUAUUUUUUUAGAAGCCAAGAAAAAUACUCCAUAAUUGAUAUCAGGAAAGAGAUUCCAGAGGUACGAAGGCUUCUCCAUGAGUGCUUUCCUCACCACUUUUUAGAUAGGGAAUUUUUGCCGGGUGAUCUUUGUGUGUGAGACAGUGAAGCUGCAUCGAUUAUGAAGACCUGUAAACCCAGUCACCUGGAUUCAGGUGUGGAGGCAGAGACACAGUGCAGAAGUGGAGCGGGCUGUGUGGUGAAGUGCAGCUCGGAGAGGAUGGAGAACGCUGCCAAGAGGAGACUGGCUGCCAACGCCCGCGAGAGGAGGCGCAUGCAGGGGCUGAACACGGCCUUCGACCGCCUGAGAAAGGUGGUGCCGCAGUGGGGGCAGGACAAGAAACUGUCCAAGUACGAGACCCUGCAGAUGGCUCUGAGCUACAUCAUGGCUCUGACCAGGAUCCUGGCCGAAGCUGAAAGGUACAGUAGUGAGCGAGAGUGGAUUAGCCUGCACUGUGAGCACUUCCAUGCCGACAGCUACCAGCACUACCCGGCGCAGAAACCCGCGGUGGACAGCGAUCCUUACGCACAGAGGGUGUUCAGCUACCACCCCGAGCACUUCCAGAUUGCUAACUAGAACUUGUUGCCAGCUGGGAAUAUGCAGCAGGCCAGAUGUGUAAUUUAAUAGUUUGCAAGAGUUAAUCUGCUUGGCUAAGGUAAUAUUGGCAUGGUAAUAGCUCGUUCUUGUUCGCGUCUUAUAGGAAUUUGACAAAAUAAAUUUGCUCUGAGAACAUAAAAUCAAAAGGUAUUUAGGGUGAUUGAAUUUAUUUAAUGCUGGUGGAAAUUAUACUUUUAAUUUGAAAUAUUUCUGUUUCCUAGUUUAUCUUGUGUAUAUGAUGCUUAAAUAAGCUUUUGAUGGUUUUUUUACUGUGAUGAAUCAUGACAGUAUUUCUGCAGAUCAUGGGACAAGUUGACCUGUGGUGUAACUGAAUGGAGUAGCACCUGAAAUGAACUUCAUUCCAUGCUUUUCUUUUUAUGUCAGCUUUAAAGUUGUUCUUUGGUUUCUUUUCACAUAAGUGGUUCACAUGGAAAAAAAAAAUUAUAAUGUAUUGGAGUUCUAAUCCUCAGAGAACUAACUUUCUUAAACUUUGUAAGUUUGACAUAUGGGUUUCAAAGUUGUGUAGGUUUGCUUUAAUCCAAUUUAUGGUGUCUCUUGUAUGCUCGAAAAAGAGCUGGUUUCAAGUCAUGGAAGAAAUAUUUUAUUUUCAGUGGUUGUAAAAGCACGUGUGAUUAUAUACCAUAAAUGAGAAUGCUUGCGUGGAAAUAAUCAAAGCUUCUAGAUUUUUGUAGGCUUUAAAUGAUGGGAUUUUAUUUUUUAAUCUUAUGUUACCUGGAAACAAUAACAGAUUUUGUAAAUCAUAAAUAAAGUGUUUUCUAUGC